AUGAGUCUCGAUACCUCCGCGCAAAAGGUAUUCGACGCGAUCACCGCCCGAUUGCAAGUUGUCAGCGAUGGACGCAUCAAGAAGAAGCUGCAGGAAGGACGAAAAGUAGCUGGCUACUGGGGCACUGCGCCCACUGGACGACCACACUUCGGAUAUAUGGUUCCUCUGGUAAAGGUUGCUGAGUGUGUGGCAGCCGGUUGCGAUGUGACAAUCUAUCUGGGAGACUCAUAUGCAUAUCUUGUCAAUUAUGACGUUUCACAGGACGUAGUCGCCCAUCGGACACAGUAUUACCGUUUCCUUAUUGGUUCCAUUCUUCGAGCUAUUGGAGUCGACAUGUCCAAGAUAACCUUUGUGGCUGAAUCCAUCUACACUUCAACUCCGCCAUUCUGCAAGGAUCUAGCGCGGAUGCUGGUUCAUUCUUCCCAAGAAGACAUCAAAAUGGUCGGUCUCGAGGUGACGACGGCCCACAUGAUGAGUCCACUGUUAUGCCCGGUCUACCAGGCGCUCAGUGAAGUUUACAUUGGUGGUGAUUUUCAACUUGGUGGUGAGGAUCAGCUCGGCAUGUUCGCGUAUGCUGACAAAGUCCUCCCUCGUAUCGGCUACGAGCCUGUAUCGCAUCUAGCCAACGUGAUCGUUCCUGGAUUACACAAGGGUAAAAUGUCGUCGUCUGCCUUAGCAGCCACCAAGAUUGAGUGGCUGGAUUCGCCAGACACAAUCAAGGAGAAGUUAGAAGGCAUUUCAUGGGCAGAGCUUGAUGGUCCAGCUGCCACGGCCGUCUUGCCAAUGCUCCAACAUUGUCUCUUCCCUCUCUAUCAUCUGGGCGCUUUGGGCAGCGAAAAGAUUACCGCCCAGUUGGUGGAUGGUUCCACCAAAGAAUACACCACAUAUGAGGAGCUAGAGCGAGACUUACAAGCCAGACACCUGGGAUUGGAAACGCUCCAACCAACCAUCGUCGCACUCAUCAACCAAGUGCUGUCUCCGAUCCGGGCCGAGCAUGCUACAAAUCAAGAGUGGAGGCUCGCGGAGAAGCUGGCCUAUAAUGAUUAG